GGUCAUUUUUACAAUUACUGGUGGUAUUUGACUGCUACUAAAUGUCAUUUUUAAUCGGAGGACUAAAAUCAAACUCGCUUUCAAACUUAGGGACUAAUUUAACCACCAACCCUUAUGUUAUUUUUCACCUCCAUCAUUCCAUAUAAUCAUCAUCUAAUAGCUUUGAAAUAACCUUUGUUCUGAUGGCUGGCAAAAUCGAUGAUCUCGCAACAAUCGAUGCCUCCAAGGAGAACUGGACUAUUGUUGCAAAAGUGAAUCGUUUAUGGCUAGGUCCGAGCUUAUAUGGUUCGAAGCUGCCCUUUUCGAUGGACAUGGUUCUUAUGGAUGACAAGAGUUGUAAGAUUCACGCUUCAGUAAGGAAGACUCUUAUUUACCUAUUCCAGUCUCUGCUAAGUGAAGGAGGGGUAUAUCAGAUUUCAUUCUUUGGUGCUGGUGAAAGCGGUCGUGAUUUCCGCCCAACCUCUCAUCCAUUCAAGAUCAACUUUAAUAUACAUACUUAUGUACGAUUGGUUCCUAACAAGGCUAUCAACUUAAGCACUUACUCUUUUGUGCCACUUUGUGACAUAAUGUUUAAGGACCCUGAUACGUCUUUCCUUAUAGGUAUAUUCCUUUUGUAGCCUUUGGAUUUUAAAAAUAUAGUUCUUAAUUUUCCUUAAAUGAGUGUUAUUGUUUGAGCAGAUGUAAUUACAAUUCUCAGUAUUGAAGCAAGUGGUGAAUAAGAGUUUGAGAAAGAUAGU